AUGGCCACCAUCGUCGGAGCUUCUUCCGGCUCUCCGCCGCCCGAGCCGAUGCAAUACGACGAUGAGACGCCGCUCUUUACAUGUCUCUCGUGCAGCAUCGCCUUCCCCAACCCCGAGGAUCAGCGCACCCACUACCGAUCCGACCUUCACCGAUACAACAUGAAGCGACGUGUCGCAAAUUUGCCGCCAGUCAAGGCCGACGUGUUCAACGCCAAGAUUCUCGAGCGCCGCGCCCAGCAGUCGGCCGAGGAAAGCCAGGCCAGCGCUGCCCACGACCGAUGCGUCGCCUGCAACAAGGUCUUCCUUUCGCAAAACGCGUACAAGGAUCACCUCAACUCGCGCAAGCACAAGGACAACGAGGCCAGGCUCGUCAAGGCGCCCACCAUGGCCGCGCCAGCCGAUGACCAGAAGAGCAAGGGCGGGGACGUGCCGCUUGUUUUCACGGUACCGAACCCGGCGCAGGUGGACGCGGUGAACGCGAGUCUGCCGAACACCGUCGUGGCCGCCGAAGAGUCGGCCGAAGCCAAGGCUGAGAGGAAGAAGAACCUCAGACAGACGCUGAUGGUCGACGAGAACGCGACGGAGGAGGAGAUCCAGGCCGCAGUUGACGCCAAGGUGGCGUCGUCUAGGCGGAUCGAUCCCGCCAAGGAGUGCAUCUUCUGCUCCGCGUCCGGCUUCGCCUCGCUGACUGAGUCUCUGGCGCACAUGUCAAAGGCGCACGGCUUUUUCAUCCCAGACUCCGAGUACCUUGUCGACCUGCCCGGCAUGAUGUCGUACCUCGCCGACAAGGUCUCGGUGGGCAACAUCUGCCUCUAUUGCAACGGCAAGGGCCGCGGCUUCCACGAGAUGUCGGCGGUCCGCAAGCACAUGAUCGACAAGUGCCACUGCAAGAUUGCCUAUGAGCUUGAAGUCGACCAACUCGAGUUCUCAGACUUCUACGACUUCACCAGCAGCUACCCCGUCGACGCCGAGGAGGACGAGGAGUGGGAGGAUGCGGAUGGCGACGAAGACAUGGAAGAUGUUGUCGAAGACGAUGGCGGCGACGAGGUUGUCGAUCUCACGGCGCCCCGCGGCACUGAUCGCAACCAAGGCGUGCGGUACGGAGACUCGGAGAACGAGCUGAUCCUCCCAUCGGGGGCGAGGAUCGGCCACCGCAGUCUGCGUCGAUACUACGAACAGAACCUUUCGGCGAGGCCGUCGCUCUACGAUCACGAGGACUCGCAGCGGUUCGGCGGCGGCAGCGCGCUCGCGAGACGGCUCAUUCAGGACAGCGGCAUGGGUCACCACAAGCGCGACGGCACCCUUGUCAAGGAUCGCGGAGGACAGGUGGUCAAGGCUCGAAACCGUGGCGAGGCCAAGGAAGCCAAGCGACACAUCCGCGAGUUCCGCGACGUUGCGAGAAAGGAGGCCUACAAGACUCGCGUCGCCUUCACCAACAACAACCAGAAGCACUUCCGCGAUCCGCUGCUCCAGUAA